AUGGCAGCUGAAUGUGGACGGCAGAUGUAUCCCGCAGUCUCUGUGGCCUCGCGUGUAUCUUUCCCGGUCCAGAUGCUCGGUAAGAGCUUCAAGAUGAUGCCAGUGAUGCUCUGGGGCAUUGUCAUCUCGCUACCAGACUUCAAGAGAAGGGAGUGGGGUGUCGCCUUCUUCGUGACUUGGGGAGUGACGCAGUUCUUGCUCACCGGACCGAUUGCGACAGAAUCUGGCGAGAAUGACGACCACACCAGCAACAGCGUCAAAGGGCUGCUUCUGCUGGUUCUUUUCCUCGCGCUGGAUGGAAUCACCUCACCGAUGCAAGAGAAGCUUUUCAAGGAAUACAACCUGUCAAAGUACAACCAGCUACUGUGGGUCAACACCUUUUCGGCGAUUGUUUCAAUGACCACGCUUCUGACCACUGGUGGAUUGGGCGAUGCUUUGAGCUUUGUCCGCGCACAUCCGCCGCUGCUUGGAGACGCUAUGACACUCAGCGUCUCGCAGGUUGCAAGCCAGUGGUUCAUCACUUCGCAGAUCAAGGACUUUGGUGCGCUCGUUUUUGCUGCUACGAUGAAUGUUCGGCAGCUGGUGUCCAUCAUCACCUCCUACAUCAAGUAUGGCCACUACAUCACCGGCUUCCAAGUGCUGGCGCUGGGCUUCGUCUUUGCGGCACUCUUCUACAAGAGCUGCCUGGGUUACGACGGCCUCGUCUCGGAGAGCCCUGAGAAAAAGGCCGAGAAGGCUCCUCUGGUGCCCAAGGAGAGCGACUUGGCGAAACCACAGAUCGACAGCUGCGGAGAAGGUGAUCCGCCGGAGGCUUCCAAGGACGCUCAAAGCUGCGGAUGUUCGCUCGAUGUUUGGCACUGUAUGACGUCUGCCUGA